AUGGCGACAACCGUUACGGGCCAUGGCACUGACUCGGUACACGAGAAAGCUGCUGGCCCGCUCAAGGUGCCGUUGCUCGCUCCCACUCCGGAUAGCCGCCCCAAGCCGCGGGAGCCCCUUACGGCCGAGCAGCAGCAAAAGUACGACUGGCUCCUUGAGCAAGUGAAGGCCUGGACCGAGAUUCCUUCUGCCAAGGGCAAGGCGGGCCCGCUCACCGACAGCGAGAAGUUCUGGCUUACCAGAGAAUGCCUGCUGCGCUACCUGCGCGCCACCAAAUGGCACGAGAAGGACGCCGAGAAGCGCCUGCUCGAGACGCUCACCUGGCGGAGGGAAUACGGCGUUGAAGAACUGACGGCUGAGCACAUCUCGCCCGAGAACGAGACCGGAAAGCAGAUGAUCCUCGGCUAUGACAAGGAGGCUCGCGUUUGCCAUUACAUGAGCCCCGGCCGCCAGAAUACGGAACCGUCUCCUCGCCAGGUGCAGCACGUCGUCUACAUGGUCGAGCGCGUCAUCGACAUCAUGCCGCCCGGGCAGGAGACCCUGGCGCUGCUGAUCAACUUUCAGCAGAGCAAGACGCGCUCCAACACGGCCCCCGGCAUUGGCCAGGCGCGCGAGGUGCUGCACAUUCUCCAGCACCACUACCCUGAGCGGCUCGGCAAGGCGCUCAUCAUCAACAUGCCGUGGAUCGUCACCGGCUUCUUCAAGUUGAUCAAACCCUUCAUUGACCCCCUCACGUAUGAGAAGCUCAAGUUCAACGAGGACAUGAGCCAGUACGUGCCCCCCGAGCAGAUGUGGUCGGAAUUCAGCAGCGGCAAGCUCGAGUUUGAAUACGACCACGCAGUGUACUGGCCCGCUCUGCAGAAGAUCUGCAGCGAGAGGCGGGCGGCAAAGUGGCAGCGGUGGAUUGCUGGCGACCAGCAGCUGGGCGAGUCCGAGGACUAUCUCUCGGGUGCUGCCGAGCCAUACCCAACUCAACAGAACAACAACAAUGUCCUCAACAUCACCACCAGCAAUAACCAAGGCUUGGAUCUUUCACCGCCCCGGGCCGUACCGCCAGACCCUUACCCUCACCGACGCUCACCCACUCCCGCCUUUCCCGCCGACCCCGCCAUUCCCCAAAACGAAGAAUGGCUCCUCCUUCGCGUCUCCUACGCCGCCCUCAACCCAGCCGACCUGGUGACACUCUCCGUCAUGCCCUUCUUCAUCCGCUCCCACCGCAAGAAGACCAACACUCCGGUCGCGGUUGCGGGCGUGGAUUUCACCGCCGACGUCAUCGACGUGUGGCAUCCCACUGCCACUGCCACUGCCCCUGCCCCUGCUCCUGCCUCUGCUGCCGCCACUGCCAGCAGGUUCAGGUUCGCCAAGGGCGACCAAGUGGUCUGUUUCCCGCCCUUGGCGCACCUGCUCGCGACGGGCGUGGGCGCACUGCAGGGCGUGGUAGCGCUGCCUGCGCGGUACGCGGUCAAGAUCCCCGCCGGGAAGACGAAGCGGGAGGCGGCGGGGCUGUUUCUGGCCGCGUGCACGGCCGACGUUCAGGUCAUUGAUUACACGCAACAUGCGCAUCUCCCCGGGGAGCUGGCGAGGCGGUUUGGAGACCAGCCCUUCGAUCACAUCAUCGAUGCCUUUGGCAACCAAGAGGUGUACAGGCACUCUGCGCGGUACCUCAAAGCCGCGGGCAUGUACAACGCCGUGUCGAUCCACUACGCAGACUACACUUUCUGGGAGCUACUGAAGAGCGCCAUGACCCUCUUAACCAACUCCAUCUGGCCGCGGUCGCCGUGGCUGGGUGGCACUGGCCGGAGAUUCAAGGCCGCGAGCAUGACGGACCCGGGUCUGGAGACAAUGGAGCGGAUUAUCAAGCUGUUCGGAGAAGGGAAGUUGCGCGUUGCCGUCGACAGCGAGUGGCCGUUUGAGAAGGUCCAUGAUGCGCUGGACGUCGUCAAAACUGGCCACGCGGCGGGUAAGGUCAUCAUCAAGGUAAAUGAGGAGUGA